UAAAUAUAUUCAUUUUAAAUCUUCCUUAGUAUACAACGAGUUAAUUUUAUUUUUAAUGGAAUAUUAUUCGUUGAUUUUAAUGUCUAUGAUCGUUUUCGUAUUGAAACCAAGUGAAGCAGAUCAACGUUUAAGAUAUCGUUUGAAUUAUAAAAAUUAUAUCAAAACAGUGGUUAAUUAUAUUCGGUAUCAUAUUAAAUCAAAUGAAAUGCAAAAUCUGAAAAUGAAACGAGAUUCAAAUUAUAAUGUUGAUAUAGAGGAAGCUUUCAAACAAGACGAGUUUAUGCAAAAUUUUAAAAGUAAAUAUUCUAUUACAAUUAGUUUACUCAAUUUCAAGUACACUGAAAUACUAAAAAAAUUUCUCGAUUACAUGUAUAUUAUUAUUGAUGAAUGUCAUCAAUUUCAUGCUAGAAAUUUAUUAGAAAAUUUUAUUUGUUGUGUAACAUCACUCGCAGAAGAAGUGAAAAAUUCUAAGACUAUGUUUGAAAAUCUCUACAAUGCUAUGAAGUUUAUAAGCUACAUAGAUGUAAGAUUUGUGUUUCAAUCUAUUGUACCAAAUGUUAUAAUUGAUGAAAUAGACUUUUUUCAACAAUAUAUCAUACACAGAAAAUCAGAAACCAGCUCUUUAGAUCUUAACAGCUUACCAAAUCUGAAUGAUUGUGAAACGAAUUUUAAGAAUUUAAAUGAAUUUUAUACAGAAGCAUUAGAAAAAGUAAACAAUCUAUUUCAAAAUAAUAAUAUCAUCGACACUUCUAUAAAAACUGACUUAACAUUUCAACUUAAGGAAUGCUCUAACGGAAACGACUCAUACUUAGUGUAUUUAACAUGUAGUAAACUUAAUUCAUUUUACAACGAAACCAUAGAAAUUUGGUACAAAAAUCUUGGCUUUGAAGAAUUUCUCAACCCUAAUACACUUGAAUUCAUGCCUCCAAUAGAUGCAACACUAAUUCAAAAUGAUGGAAUGAAAAUUCUCAAUAUUCUUCGUCAAGAAACUGGUUGGAAAAAAAUGAAUCACAUAUAUAUAAUUUACAAUGGUAAACAACUCAACGUAGAAUGUGUAAUAAAAGACGAAAUUAAUGACGUGAAUUUUCAAAUAAAAAAAGAGCAUUUUUUACAAUUACUAAGAUGUAGGUAUACAGAAAUAAUUAAAAACUACUACGUACUAUUAUCUGCUAUAUUGCAUAUAUGCAAAACUGAAGGAAAUAUUUUCAAACACAAGUGUCUAAUUAAAUUAUUUAACUCAUUCAAUAAAUCCAAAAAAAUGCUUGAAGGACUGAAAACAGCUUUAAUUACUUUAAAGAAAUCAGCAAUAUGGAAUUUUAAUUUUAGCUCUCAUUCGAGUUUACAUAAAACAUUAACAUGGGUUGAAGCUUCUCUUUGCGUAUUAAAGAACAAUGAUUUUUCUCAUAAUCAGGAGGAUGAGAAAAAAACCGAGAAUAUUGAAAUACUACUGAACAUGUUUCUAAAUUUUCGGAAUACCUUCUAUAUAAACGUAAUUAACGAUUUAUCAAAAAUGAAUAAUGCUUGUGUUAUGAAAGAACAUUUUUAUGAAAAAUUCAAUAUAAUAAAUGAAUUCAAAAAAUCAGUAAACACAUUAAAUAGUACGGAUUUACUUCAGUCAACUCAUAUUUAUCUUAAUGGGUGUAAUUUUUUUGACGAAUUUUGUGAAAAUGUUUACAAAUUGUUUUAUGAAGAUUUGGGUUUUCAAAAAGUUAGUUGUUAUGACAGCAGUUAAGAGGAUAGAAUUAUUAAAUUUAAUAUGGAUAUGAUGAAUUAUUUAUUUACUUAGCCUUCAUGUGUAUCAACAGUUAAAUUUAAAAUGUAUGUUUCAUAAAAUUAUUAUUUGAUUUCAAACAUAGUAUUUGAAAAUAAUAAUUUUUUUUUUUUUUAAUUUGCAGUCUACAU